CCAAUUAGAGGGAAGCCAUCAGUCACCUUCCUGCUCUGGGUUCCUGGCGUAAGUGACCAUGGCUCAGAGCGCUCCGCCGCCGUUUGACCCCAACCGCCCCCCUUUGAUCGAGGGGUUUACGCCAACCGUCCUCCAACACCACGAAGAGACCGUUGGAGGCAAAUUUCUCCGCAAGGCACGCGAGAAUCCACUCGUGCCCCUUGGCUGCCUUGGCACAGCAGGUGUUUUGGGCUACGGACUCAUCUGCUUCAAGAGGGGCAACAUCCGCCAAUCCCAGAUUAUGAUGCGGGCACGUAUUCUAGCUCAGGGCUUCACUGUUGCAGCCCUAGUGGUGGGUGUGGUGAUUACAGCCCUGAAACCACAGAAGUGAACAUAUUGCUGGUGUGCGGUAAUCUCUGACUAUCCUGUACCUUGCAGGGUAGGAACGAGUCCUUUUGCCCCGAGAGGGCACUCGCCUCAUCUUGCGGGAUGAUGUCUCAAUGAGACGUUGGGAGUUAUCAUCAAAUGCCGGAGGGAUCCAGAUUUUAUUUUAUAAUCUGUUAAUAUAUUGACUCAACCUUGUCACACGUGUAUACAUUUUUCUCCCUGCAUCAAUGUAGUAGCCUUGUUGUAAGGCCAGCUUUGCUGACCAGGCUGACAUCUUAGAAUAUAUGUUAGUAAACCUUA